AUGGUUGUACACAAUGAUGCGCACGAACAUCUACCAAGGGAAGACGAGGUACCAUCGUUAGUCUUUCUCAAAACAUACGAAGAGAGAUAUCAUAGUGUAUAUCAUCUCGAGAGAAAGUCAAAUAGUGCAUUCGCAUCCGAAGAGAUCGCACCUUGUAUAGGAAGCUUUCACUGGUUCGAUGAAAACAAAGGUCGCACAAGCACCCUAGUCUUCCAGUAUGCAGAACAUGGUACUCUAUUAGACCUAUAUCGUCAAAGCCUUCCACCAUAUCUCCCUGAACAUGUUAAGGCGUUUUGGGAAGGGAUCAGUGGAGUUUUAAAAGGCCUGCACACCAUACACGAUUCAGUAGGAAGCUACACAGGAUUACACCAUGAUAUGAAACCAUCCAAUAUUCUGGUUUUUUCAAACGGACUUUUAGACGACAAAUUUGUUUACCAGUUUAAAAUCGGCGAUUUCGGUGCUAGUUACUUGAUCCCCUCCAAUGUUAAUCUCCAGCCCAUUAAUCGGGGCACAACACGAACCUAUGCCCCCCCUGAGAUUUAUUUGGGUGACAGUGUGAAGUAUGUUGUGGGAUCUACACUCGAUAUGUGGUCCAUUGGGUGCAUCAUCUUUGAAGCCGCGGUUUGGCUCGUAUGCGGCGAACGGGGCCGCCAAGAUUUCAGAAGAAAACGCCUGGAAGAGAUCUCAAGAUUAACAACCCUAAAAAAUCUGGGGUACGGAGAUUGCUUUCACAAUAGGUCUGUUGCCUUGGAAUGCAUAGCAGAAUACGCCGAUUUGAUGAAGCUUCAUGGCCGCCAGAGUGACGAGAUCACCCGCCAGAUCGUCAAACUCGCUACAAAGAAUCUUUUGGUCGUGAGAGAUUCACGGAUCAAUUCUCUCAAUCUUUACACCAGAUUCGGCGAAAUCUUAGAUGACGAACACCUUCCUGAGGUGAGGAGCCCGACCUAUUUGAUGGACGUUGACCAAACUAGAAGUUUAUCCACUGUUAGGAGUGGAAUGCCUCAACGGAUCCAGACAGGUCAGCCCCUGCGAGGCGAGCCCGGCAAGAUAUCUCCGCUUGAGACGUCUGAGGACGAAAAUAUCUCUAAGAUGUCUACGCCAGGCUCUGGCUCGGCACAGCCACUCAAGCCCGAGAAGCUUACAAAGUCUAUCCCUAUCAGCGCGGAUGAGACGGAGGUACAUAUCGAUCGGCUCAGUUCCUGGAUAAAAGCCAAAAAGACUCAAAAGCAUAAUGAUGAACUGCCUGGGUGGAAGUUGGUCCAAGGUCAACUUAAAGGCCGAGACUUCAAGUACGAAGAAGAAGUGCUCCGAUGGGUUUCAAAACUGGGCUAUCUUGUCAAAGAACUUGACCCCGAUGGAGGCGAAAUCAGAUGUACCUCUGAUCAUAACAAAACUGUCAAAUUUACAAGUUCUACUGAGGCAGAGAAGUUUGUAUCAGAGAAAUUUGCAGAUGGAAAGGGAGGUCCAUGCGACAUGGAGAAUGCACUGUUUGGUGUCGUUGACAGCAUACGAGGGGCAGCAUCUACCGUUUCCUCCAGGCUCUCCUUUCUUAAACGCUCCGGAAGUGGCCCAAAGAAAACAACAGUUUUAGUUUUCACUGAUGGUGUCUGGGAUUCUUCAAUUGAGAGUGGUGUAAUGGGCGCGGAUGAGCCGAUUGAAUCACUCAUCAAGCACAUGAAGAAAAAGGACAUUGGGCGCCCGAAUAUUUCUAUACAAUUUUUACGAUUCGGAUCGGACCCUGUUGGAAUCAGGCGAUUGGAAUCUUUGGACGAUGAUUUGGGGCAAAAGCACGAGUUGUGA